AGGUCGCAAUGAUAAUGAUAAGCAUUUAGUAUAAAAGAUGCCACUGCACCAGCAUUGAGCAUACUACACUCUGUAGCACCAUGGGCUUCAGUGUAGUAUUCUUGACCCUUUUGGCCCUUGGGGCUGCGGUUCCUCAGCUUCCACAACAACAUGCUGCGGACCAAGGACUUCUUCAAAAGCAACAGGAUGUCAUCUAUAUUCUCGACAACCUGAUCGGCGAAAUCCGCAAUGACCACUUUCGAGCAAUCGGCCAAACAUACGACAUCGAGGGCAACCUUCAGGCCUACGAGAACCCCAACUUGGUUAAAUACUUCGCCACAGCUGUUAAGACUGGCAACGUUCAACCUAAGGGUACCGUAUUCUCUCCAGCGGUAAACCAGCUCCGCCAGGAAUUCGUUCUUCUGACAAGAAUCUUCCUCGGAGCCAAGGACUAUUCCACUUUCAUCAAUACUGCUGCCUGGGCUCGCUUUUACUUGAACGAAGGUCAAUUCGUCAAGGCUUUCAUCUUCGCAGUUCUUCAACGUCCAGACCUCCAAGGUGUUAUUCUUCCACCAACCUACGAAAUCCUUCCGCACUAUUACUUCGACUCCAGAGUCAUCCAGGAAGUCCAGAACAUCAAAUCCAAAGGUUUCAAAGCCACAAAUGGAGAACAGGUCUUUUACAUCCCAAUCAACUACACUUCUCACUUACCGGCUAGUGAGCACAAAAUUGCCUACUUUACCGAAGAUAUUGGACUCAAUAACUACUACGAAUACUUGCAACAGGCUGCUUAUAUGCUACCACAACUCUACUACUCCCACAAAACCUUAUCCGGUGUCUUCGGACCUCACUUCUACGAGAACAACGACCAGAUCGGUUAUGGAGCACGUUGGUACUACCUACAUCAACAACUCUUGGCUCACUACAACCUCGAACGUCUCACAAACGGCCUCGGCCCAAUCGACGAUUUGGAAUACAACCACUUUGAGAUCCCAUUCAAACCCCAUCUUAGCUUCGUCAACGGACUCGAAUUCUCUGGACGCUCCAACGGCCCCAUUGAUGUGACUACCAUCCGUCAAAAUCUGUACAACUACGUCCGCACUUUAGAAAAGAGACUGUUUGACGCAAUCGACUCUGGAUACGUAAGCACCACAUCAGGUGCUUUCCUUUCCCUCUACCAACCCCAGGGCUACAACAUCCUUGGUGAUCUCAUCCAGGGAACUGGCCGAAGCAUCAACCCAAGAUACUAUGGCAGUUUCGUCGAAGCAUCUAAAUUCCUUCUUGGAGGCACUCCUGAAUUCAGCAACAUCUGGGAAUACACCCCAGCAGCUAUGGACAUCUCCUCAACUACACUUCGUGAUCCUGCCUUCUAUGUUCUCUUCAAGCGCAUUUUGGGAAUCUAUAAACACUACCAGGAAUCCCUCCCAGCCUACCAAUACAACGAUGUCGUCUUGCAAGGAGUUCAGGUCCAGAGGAUUGAUAUAAGCCAACUUGUGACUUACUUCCAGGACUACAUUGUAAACCUUGAAAACGCUGGAUUUGAAGGUUUUUCGGAGAAGGAACAGAAGACAUCUAAAUAUGGUGGUAUGGACAUUAAGGGACUUCUCAAGAGGUUCGACCAUCAACCAUAUGAAUACCAAAUCUACGUUCAAUCCCAGAGGUCUAUUUCCAACGCUGUUGUUCGUGUAUACCUUGGACCCAAAUUCGACCAUGAAGGUCUCCCAAUUGACAUCAACACCAACAGAAUGGACUUUGUUGAACUUGACCAAUUUUUCUAUGACCUCGCUGAGGGACAGAACGUCAUCACCAGGAACUCCCGCCAAUCUUCCGUCCACAGCGCUGAUUAUCCAUCAGUUGACGAGAUCCUCCACCAUGUUGAGAGCGCAGCUCAUGCCCAGAGCCCACACUUCAUGUUCGAACCCCAGCAAGUAUAUGGAUUCCCAUCCAGGCUUUCCCUGCCCAAGGGUACAUACGGAGGUUUCCCAUUCCAACUUUUUGUUGUUAUCUCUGCUGGAAAGCAGCCACUCCACUAUGGACCAAUCAUUCCAGACUAUGUCAACUCUUACCAUAGCCACUCUUAUCAACCCGUCAGUUCUGCAGAAUAUGAAAUGAUUGUUCAGCAGCCAGCCAAGGCCGGAGAAGGGUACACCAUGGUCGAAGUUAUCCCAGAUUUUGAAGAAUUAGGUGUUGGAAGCAACCAAGGUAAAUUCCACUGGACCGAACUCUACAAUAAAUACAACGGAUACUACGCCCAACCCCAAUGGUACCACCGUCAGGCCGAAUAUCCAGCAUACCAGUACUCCACUGUUAGUGGAAAACGUGAAAUGGCUGGACAAGGAUCUGCUGGAGGACGCGGAUCAGGACUUUUGAAGGAUCAGGGAGUUUACUACGGACAAGUUCUUUCUAAUGAACAGGGAGUUCACCACGGACAUUCUGAGGGUCUUGGUGCUGGUUACGAAUCUGGAAAAUACCACAGCAUGUACCAGGGUCACAACGGAGAAGGAGUUAAUGGUCAAGGACAAGGAGUUUACGGAAAAGGAUUGUACGGGCAGGGUUACGGAAAGCAACAAGAAGUCUACUCCGGAGCUUACCCAUCUGGGUUCUAUGGAUACGUUUCUGGUAUUCAGACACAGGCACCUCAUGAUGAGCUUCUCCAGAAAUACCACCAGGGACUCCACAUUUCCGAAGUGAUCGGAGGUGCCAUCUCUCUUGAUGGAAAGCCUUUAGGGUGGCCCUUCGACAGACAGUUGGGCGUCAGCGUAUGGAACGCACCCAACAUCUUCGUCUCUGAUGUCUACAUCUACCACCACGAUGUCCCAGUCACACAUUCCGUCGAAAGUCAUCAUUAGAACUCCUAGGCAAUUCCUAGAAAAUCUACUUUAAUAUGAUAUUUCUUGUUU